AUUCGUUCUUUUUAUGCAAAAUCUUCAAUAAUCGAUUCCGUGGCGUGUCAUGUCACAUGUGUUCGCGACGACACACCCACGGGGCAGGCCUGCGGCAACUGUAGUACGCGUACUACUACUACAGCUACCAGUGUACCACGGCCACGGGCUCAGCGAGUCGCGGCUAGCCUAAUCUAAUUAUACUGGUUAUAUCGUACUAUACAUUUGUGUGUUUACCUGUAAUUGCCCAAUGAUGAAACAGUGCGUACGCGAGCAGUUUUUUGCACAGGACUGAUCACAGAUCGGUGAUCCAUCUCGGCCAAGCAAGCUUGCAAUUGCAAAUGCAAGAUGUGAUGUGGCCAUAAGGAAUGCAGAAUGUACCUACUCAAGGUGAAGAAAAGGAUAAGCGAAAAGGAUGAAAAGGCAUUUGCUGAAAAAGCUGCAAAGUAUCAGGAGAGAAAACAGGUGCAAAAGAAUGCCGCCGGCAAGAAACAUGCGAACGGCUCUAGCUCUCCCCGUACCGUGGCCUACGAAGACCUGCCAGAUGGUGCCUUCUUCAGUCGAUCUUCAGAGCCACGCGCCACACCGACGGACACGUCCUGCACGUGGCGCCCCCACGGCGAGGAACGCGUCGCGGGCAUCUGCUACGUCGGAUCGUUUAGCGUCGUCGGCGCCGACACGGACACGCGCGCCGACCACGUGCGUCUCCAGAUGGCGGAGCUGCAGCGGCAGACAACGUCCGCCGCGCCUGUCACGCUGCUCAUCAGCCUCUCCGGCAUCAAGGUGUGCGCGGCGGACAGUGGCGCCCUCGUGAUGGCGCACGCGCUGCGGCGCAUCUCGUACGCGAGCUGCGACCCGCCGCGGCGGCAGUUCUCGUUUCUCGCGCGCGAACCCAAGGGUCACUACAACAUGCAGUACUGCCACUGCUUCGCGACGCGGUCGCCCGAGCAGGCCGAGACGCUGGACGCCCUCGUCGGACGCGUGUUCCGCCUCGCCUACUUGCGCCAGGUCAACGGUCAGCUGACGGUGGACCACCGGCCGGACGCGGCCAAGCGGGUCGACAGCGAGGUGGAGCGGGCCAGCGCCGGGUUUCGCGCCCUGGCACGGCUGGUUGAGGACAGUGAGGGGGCGUCGCCUGUUGCCGGGCACAAGGGGGUGCCGCUCACUGACGGAAAUGCGAACCACUGCGUCGGCGGCGGUACACACGCGGGGCGCGACACCACGCCCUCGCCGUUCAUGGGUGGCAGCGCAUGCCACGUGCAGACGUUCCAGAACGCACGGCCACUGUCGUCGGACGCUGCCGACCGCAAACGCGUGUCGGCCGGCUCGCCUGUCACCAAGGGCAGCCGGCUGUUGGCAACGCACGCGCGCUCGUUGAGCCUCGACAGCGACCCGUGUGUGCGGACGUCGUCGCGCCGCACAGCGCCGAUCCUGUACGCGCGCAGCGCAAGCACGGAAACGCAGCCAGCCUUCCUCCGUGCCGGCUCGCCCGCAUGCAUCCCCGCUAGGUCCGGCGCCGACGCCAGGGCGGCGUUUGUCGAAUCCCGCUCGCGGUCGGCCGGGGAACAGCUCCCGGAGCGGUCGGCCCGGGCGACGCAGACCGAUGACGUGAGGCGGGCCGCGUCCAGCCGCGACGUGGGCACGCCGGCCAAGUGUGUUGACGCGAGGAGGAGGAGGAUGGACACGGCACAGGGUCGAGGAUCCCGGGGGGAGAAUUCCGUGGAUCGGGUGCAUUACGCUGCUGGGCCGAGCAAAGAUCGCGAGGCGUCGUCGGUGCCGCGUCGCCUUGCCCCGCUACCGCCGUCCGACAGCGAACCGGAAAGCGACCAUCCCGGCACGGCGGUCAGCAGCUGCUUGAUUGGGUACGAGGAACCGAUGGCGACGCGAUCCAAGAUGGCAGCAUCGCCGGCGCACGGGGAGCGGCGAGACAACGAGGCGACUAUCGUGCAGACGUACACGGUGACGCGUGACGGCUCGACGCCGCUCGUCCAACAGCCGCUGCGCAUCCAGCAGGCGCGAGACAACCCGAGCUACCUCCGCGAGACGACGCCGCCGCCGCCGCGCCGCGUCGAGAGCCUCGCGUCGCCGCCUGUCGACGAUGACGACCGGCGACUGCGCGACGCGUGGUGGUUCCAGGCGGGCAUCCCGCGCGAGGUCGCGCUCGAGCUGCUGUCGCGCGAGCCGCUCGGCGCGUUCAUCGUGCGCGGCAGCACCACGCGCGCGGGAUGCUACGCGCUGUCGGUGCGCGUGCCCCGCGACCACACGGGUUCCGGCAUUGCGCACUACCUCGUGCUGCGCCGCGACGACUGCGGCGGCUACCGCAUCCGUGGCUUCCCGAAGGAGUUUCCGUCGCUGACGGCGCUCAUCACGCAUCACUCGGUGCUGCAGGAGCUGCUGCCGUGCCCGCUGCUGCUGUCGCGCAGCAACCCGCUCUACAUCCACAGCGACAGCGCCGACACGGUCGACUCGGCCCACAGCGGCGAGUCGUCCGACUACAACCGCUUCGCCGAGUUUCGCCAGAUGAUGACCGAGCUGAAGGUGAACGGCGAGAUCUCGCAUUGACGUAACCAUGGCGACGAAGGAGCAACUGAGAGGUGACGUUGUGUUGCUGUGACGAUGGUCAUGAAGGGAUGUAGACAGCGACUGGGCAGUGACAUCGUGUUGCCAUGGCGACGGGCGCAGAGCGAAAGCGGUAGCUAGUGGGUAGUGAUGUUGCAUCGCCGUGGACCACGCAAAGGGACGGGCGCCAAGAAUCCUUGAGGAUCAAAAUCCGUUUUGAAAUGCAUCCAGCAGUAGUUGGAGUUAGGGCAUCGCCAUAUAUUUAUGUCGCGAAUUUGGAGCUUAUGCAUUGAGGAUGUGCACGAAGGACCUAUGCAGUGUUUUCACUCGAAAUCAAAAUGUUGAGCACGCGUAUCAAAAUGAAUUUAUGAAGUUGAAAUUACAUGAGGAAUGUGUGCACAAUGAAUUUGUCAGCACGGCAGUUUUCUUCCUGGGCACCGUUUUGAUGGAGGCGUUUUAUAUUUUCGUAUCUUGGGCAUGCAUGCAUGUGCCGUCAUUGUGAGAAGCUUGAUGAUAACUGAAGCGUUUGCUAUUUGCAGGAAAGGUUACUUUUCCAGUAAAAAGAAUUGUGAUAAGUGUAGCCAGUUGUGUGUUGUGUAAAUAUUUAGACGCUUUGAAGCCAUUGGCAUUUUGCACUGAUAUUUCACAAAUUCACGAUUCAAAUGGUCUAAAACGUUGAUCUCUGGGCAGCAAGAAAGUAAGUUAGUCGAUGCUUUCCUCGCUUUACGCUUGAUAUUCGAUAGCUUCAAGGGCGGAAUUUCAAGGCAAGAGUGCAGUGUGACUGCGGUGCGUUUCCCUCCAGGUGAUAGGGCUAUGGGUGAUGUGCUAGUCUACCACGCUGACACAUUCUUAUGACGUACAAGCAGAACUAGAUUGGAUCUAGGAAAUGUUGAAAGCCCGGGGGUGGGGGGGUCGUGGCAAUAUCGGAUGAGGCUAAGAAUUUGGUGCCGCAUCAAUCUUUUUGAGAGGCACUAAUGCAGUCGGAUGCUUCCUGAGCAUAAUUUCCUUGAUCCUUUAGUAUAUUAGGUACAAAGCAGUAAUGGCAUUGAUCUUGGGCCAUACCUUCUCCCCUCCCGAGUCAUCCAUACAUCAGCAUCGGCAGAAGAGGGUGUUUCUGUGUGGGAGGUUCUUUGUGGCAAUAGGUUCCUGUGAAGAGGACAUUAGGAAGAUAUUCGGGAUAGUCUAUUCUAUGAGAUCUCUACGGUGCUUUUUUAUGUUGUGAUAUUAUAUAUUAUUCUGUACAGUAAUUGUUUUAUUAUAUUCGUAACAUUUAUCUUGCGGUUAAGAAUUGGCAUAUAUUCUCAACCUUAAAUAGUAUAUUCUUGCACUAUAGAUAGGUUACUUAGUAUAGCCAUGUAGCUAAGAUUUUAUACAAUAUGUAUAACAUUGCCUAACUGUGUGUAGUGAGAAUUAGGUACAUAAGACAACGAAGAAGGAACGGAGGUUGGGAGUUGGGGUGAGAGAGAGAGAGACUCAGAGAGAAAGAGAGAGAGAGAGAGAGAGCGCGUGUGAGACGAUUGGUUGUGAGAUGCUGUUAAAGUAUAAUCGUCUCAGAAGAUUUACUUGUGUAAGUGCUAUUUGCAUGUAAUCGAAUCAUUCCGGUAGAUUGGUGUAGCAUAGUCGAACAAUUAUCCGAAAUGUAUAGGACGUUGUUGUGCAACCCACAAUUCAAAGUAUAAUGAAUCUAUCUAUAUACGUGUAUAGCGUUUCUAACAUUUUCCAUGUGAUUUCUGCUUCGCCGUAUCGCUUCAGAGGCAGAUCCCUUCUGGUUGAACUGCCCCUAAAAAAUUUCUCACUGUACACUGAUGUGUUUGUGCUUGUUUUGACUGCACUGUCGUACCAGAAAUAAUACUCGAAAACCUCAAUUUCGCAUAUAUAUAUAUACCUAGCAGGCUUUUCUGCAUUCACGUCUGUUUUGUAGCCGUGUGUUAGAAUAAUUUUAGUAGCGGUGUUUUUUCGUCCGCGGAACAUUGCACACGUUCAUGUGGAGCUUGGCUCUGUUUCCCAGCAAUAAACUAGUUCAAUACUGUUUGUCGUUGACACAUAUUUU